AUGAUGCACUGCGGGUCCCGUUGCCAGGAUACCGUGCUCUCUCAGUGGCUCCGUUAGCUCCGUUAGCUUCGGGCUGAAGCAGGACUGAAGCCUUCGGACUGGACGUGGACGGUCACCGAGACUUUAUAGGACAUUAACGACGAGGAGGACGGUAAAUAUGUCCGGUCUCCGUUAACCGUCCGGCGCCGCAUGGAUCGGGUCGAGCGGCUCCAAGACGCCAAAGUGCUGAAGAACCAGCCGUACGACGAGAGUCUGGAGGUGAACGACGCAGAGGAGGUAGCCAGCGUUUACAGCCCCGCCCCCCAAGACCACGCACAGUCGGAGUCGAGGCAGAGGAGCAGCAGGGGGCGUGGCCUGAUGUCGGCCAAUAGCAGCAGUGACGAGUUGGAUGAGGACUCCAAACGACAGGAGAGGAAAGAGCCAAUGAGCAUCCAGGGCGGAGCCAGUCCCAAUGAGGAGGAGGAGGAGGAAGAGGAGGAGGAGGAGUCUGACGAAGAGGAGACGGAGGACGACGACGACGACGAGGCCGCCGCGCCGGAGGGAGCCUAUGACCCCGCCCACUACGCCAACCUGCCCGUCAGCACCGAGGUCAAAGAGCUGUUCCAGUACAUCACCAGGUACACCCCUCAGUCCGUGGAUCUGGACCACAGCCUCAGACCCUUCAUCCCAGACUUCAUCCCAGCUGUCGGAGACAUCGACGCCUUCCUGAAGGUUCCCAGACCUGACGGUCAGUCGGACUCUCUGGGUCUGCUGGUCCUGGAUGAGCCCAGUGUGAAACAGUCUGACCCCACAGUUCUGUCUCUGUGGUUAUCAGAGGAAACCAAACAGCAUGGAGCCGCUGAGCUGAAGAAGGUGACCAGUGUGGUCAGUCCUCAGCUCAACCCUCGGCCCGUGGACUCGUGGGUGGACAGCAUCGGCGCCCUGCACCGGUCCAAGCCUCCGGCCAGCGUCCAGUACGGCCGCGCCAUGCCGGACAUCGACAGCCUGAUGCAGGAGUGGCCCCCGGAGAUGGAGGACCUGCUGGGCCGGGUGGACCUGCCGUCGGCCCGGCUCCGCUGCGACCUGGACCAGUACUGCGACCUGGUCUGUGCCCUGCUGGACAUACCGGUCUACGGGGGCCGCAUCCAGGCCCUGCACCUGCUGUUCAGCCUCUACCUGGAGUUCAGAGACUUCCAGCACUUCAUACGGACCUGACCCAGACCCAGACCCAGGACCAGACCCAGACCCAGACCCAGACCCAGGACCAGACCCAGAACCACAUCCAGGCCCUGCACCUGCUGU